AUGGAACUGGUUAAGAAAGAAAUUACAAUAUGAAAUUCGCGUGAUACUAGCUCAAUCAACAACAGAUCAGCAAUGACAAGCAGGAAACAAUCAUUGUUUGAGCCUAGCAAAAGUGAUUACAAGUGGCGAUCUGCAGAUGGACAGCAGGAGCAACAGCAACAACAACAACAACAUCAAAUGAAUCAACGAAAAUCAGAAAAUAUCCCUGAAGCAAUGGAUGAACGGAAACCGGAAAAUCUUUUUAGCACGUCAACAUUUUGA